AUGAGAGUAAGGAAGGAUCGUACCGAGAUCAAGGUGGAGAAGGCCCGCAAGGACAGUAACCGCCUUCGGGCUGAAAAUGAUGCCAAAGAUCCUCCAUGUAGCUGUUGGCACGAUCUUGCUGCUCCUCGAUGCAUCGAAUGGCUGCUUCAUUCCGUUUUCCCUAACAACGCAAGGACUGGUACUCAUGUUCUGGCUCGAAGUGUGCUCCUGAAGGCUAAUCGUGAAAGGGUGGUGGCAGUUGUCGGAUUGGGAGGGUGGACGGGAGGCGCCGGUGGAAGUAGGAGAGGAGGAGAGCUGGUGGAUGUGCGAUUUCCGGGGAUGAAGGGGAAUGGCGAGAAUAGGUGCGCUACGUCGGUCGUCGGCUGGAGAGGAAAGAGGAUAGGGAAAGGGACGGCAGCAGGUGAUGGCGAGGUAGCGAUGACUGGAGGCGGAAGCAGGCGGCAUCGGUGGUGGCAGGGUGGUCUUCUUCGGCGGCAGCAGAAGGUGGGCGACUGGCUGUUGUGUUCGCUGUGGACGGGAGUUACAAGGGGGGAAGGUUUGGUGCGUCGGGUUAAGGGGUUAUAA